AUGGGUGCAUCUGCUUCUUCAGGUGCACGUGGGUAUGAUGCUCUGCAGUAUAGCUCGAAUACCACAGCAGUCACGGCAAACUCUAAUUCCAUUUCUGCAGAGAUAGAAACAUUUAAGCAAUCAUGGGAAAAGCAAUUUGUUGCUGUGGUGGGAGAAUUGGAAUGUGUAUCAUCUGGUUACACUUCAUUUGCAGAUUAUAAUGAUAUUGCCGAGACGAUUAAAAAGAUAUGCAAAGAAAUCAAAAAAGAUAUAACUGCAGGAAAUUCACGUACCUCGGUAACUUCCACCUAUGUUCAUAAUAUGACUCUUUUUUCUUUCUUUAGGAUGGCAGCAGAGCAUAUUCCUUAUGUAGCAUCCCUUGUAAAGAAUGCACCUCGAUAUUUAGUGCUUGAACGUAUUAUGGAUAAUGUGGCUGGGCUUCAGCGAGACACAUUAGAGUCGUGUAUUUCGCUAGCAUCAUUAGAAACCAUGUCAGUAAAAGCUGACGAGAGUUUUCAACAGUUAUUAGAGAAUAUGGUUCCUUAUUUGCAUAAUUGUGUUCGUGUUAUGCCUAUAAGUAUCAUUGGUAAUAAAAACAAUUACUUUGCUCCUUCUGAACCUAUAUUGGCAUCAUAUAUUGCACGUAAUGCUAUGAAAAAUAAUAGGGUGGAUUUCUUUGUUUCACUAAAGGAUCGUAUAGAAAUGUUGAAUCGUUCUAAAAGUUUCCAUAGUGAAAAAGAUAUUGUACAAGCAAUGAGAUUUAUUUCUGGAUUUAUAUCUGAUAUGCUUUCAUGUUUUUCCCUUCGACUUAUUUUCCAUGUGUCUCGAUACAUACGAGUAAAACGCAAAGAACUUGGAGAUGCGGCGGUGUUGGGAGGUAGAAUGCUUCUUAAAGGAUUGGAAGAACACGCUUUAAAACUAUGUAAUGGUUUUGAGCAACUGGCGGGUUCUUUCUUUAAGGAGUUUAGACGUCAUUAUCCACAUAUAUUUGUGAAUAGCGAUUACCUUGUUCACUGGUCAGAAACAGAUGGACAUCCCCCAUCUCUUACAGUGAUUAUGAAUAUUCUACUGAAAAUGUUAUUUCUCUUCGCAGGGGGUUCAAAGAGUAUUGCGGCAGAUGAUCGUCGUGAUAAUCUGCAAGAUAAUGAAUCUGUUUCUACUGCACAAACCGAAUCUCAAAAGCUUGCAGCACGGAAAACAAAAGAAUGGAAAGAAAAUCGUAUGGGAGCCAAUUCUUUACUUACCGAAGAUCUCGCUUUAGCCUCUGCACUCCGUGUAGAAGCAAUUGGAUGGACAACGGUUAUUAUUAAACUCUUUCGAUCUUCUACCGGUGUUUUUCAAGGAAGAAAUUCAUCCGAUGCGGUGAUUUGUUCAAAUGUACUCCGCAUUAUGUAUCAAUUCAUGGGCGUUCUUCCCUUUGGCUCUUUCUGUCCAGCCGAUAUGGGAAGAUGGAUGGAAAUAUUUCCCCUCUACACAUUAAGAGAAGAAGAAAUUCAUACCAUGUUACAGUUGUAUUGUCAAAUAACUGUACAGGAAACCCACAUACUACGCCCUAUAGAUUGUUUUAACGUUUUUGAUUCUCUUACUAAAUCUAUUCAUAAAAAAGUCCCUCAAAUUCGUAAACGUUCCAAAACGGGAUUAGUAAGUGAUGUGAUUGUUCCAGAAUUUGAUGGAGAUGUAUUGGAAGUAAACAGUGAUAUUCAAUGGAAACGACAUUGUCGUCUUUUGUAUGCAAUCUUCGCAACUGAAUGUAUGUCUUUGACUAAACUUCCUGUUGAUAUCACAGACGGUGUAAAGAUGGAAAUGAGAGAACAAAUGUUGGGAAAUUUAUCACCCUCGGAACUUCAAAUAUUAAAAAGUGAACUCUCAGAUGCUCGUAUGCAAUUAUAUGCAGAGAAAACAGGAGCUAUUUUACGUUGGGAACAUGAAGAUCAUGUCAGAAGUAUCCGUCAUGGUGAUGUAUUUAAACUUACUGCUUUACCUACUGAUAGUAUUCUGAAGAGUUCAGAGAACUCCACAAUACUUCGUGAAUCUUCAGAAACGAAUAAUCAAAAUGGGGUAAAGGGAGAUUUAGGGGCAUCUCUUUCUUCUGCGAAGUUACCAAUGUCAUCCCUUGCCGUUCCUCAACAUGCGGCGUUCCAAUUAGGAGAAGUUUCAUCAAGUGAUAAGGGUGAAAAAGAUUCCACACAUACGGAGAAAAUUUAUUUUGAAUGGAGUGUUAUCUGGGCUUGUCAAAUUAAUGAACGAGAACAUGUUGUUAUUUUUGAUACUGUAGAGGCUUUUCCAUCAGAUGUUGCGAUUAUAUCUAUAACGUUAUUAGGACGCAAUAUACCUAUUUUCCUUGAAAUAGAAAAUAGAGAUUUUGCUUGGACAAAUUCCAAAUAUAUGUUUAAUCGUGAUGCCUCUGCCUCACGUAGUAUUCCUUUUAUAUUAGGAUGGUUACUUGGUAGUUGUUUCACUAAUGAAGUUCAGUUGCAACUCCCAAUAGCCCCUUUAGCCUUUCGUAUGAUGAGACGUGUGAUUAAACAACAGGAUGUACUAGCGGAUUGGUAUAUUAGACCAGCAGAUUUAAUGCUUAUUUCUCAAGAAUUAUAUGAACAAUUAAAAAAUUUAGAUGGAAAACAUCUUCAAAAUGUAAUGGACCAUGUAGCUGGUCAAAGCGAUGUGUCAGAUGCCAAGCGAGUAUUGGCAUUAUCAUUACGUCGAGCGUGUGAUACUUUAAUAUUAAAUAUUCGAAAUGAUACCGAUAUGUCUAUUGCCUUUUGGGAAGAAGUGGCUCGUGGAUUAGAAGCCACACCAGUGGCCCAUUCACCUUUACUGGAAACCUGUUGUGCUCGUAUUGUACGUCAUGUACUGUGUGGAAAAACAUUAGGGAAUGAAUACCGCAAAGAGGGAUUCCGUUGGGAAGAUCAUUUUGUUUUUCUCUGUGGUCCGGAAUUGGCAAGAAGAAUCUAUGCAGAUGAUGUACGGAAUAUCGUGAUUGAAUCUCUUAAUAAACACUUUACGGGAGAUGAGGCUCAACAAGUUUUACUCUUUCUCACAGGAGAACCACGUUUACCACCUACUCCCUUCUCCGAGUGUUUCGUAUUAACAUUUGCUUUAGAGAAGAGUUUAAGAAAAGAAGGUAAUAUUAUUCGCAUCUUACCAGGGAAUUGGGCCGGUCAUUAUAUUUUUGAAUUACCACAUUAUAUGCGAUCACUCUUACGUGGAUCUCGUCGAAUUAGUCAUGUAGCCACAGAGAGUCCAUCCAUGUCUUCUUUACAUGAAACUAAACCAGAUCUCAUGCAGGAAUUAGCAGAAUUUCAAGAAGUUUUUAUUAAACAAUUACGAGAUGCUAUUAAAACAUUAAAACCUUAUCCCGAUAUGAGUCGUGUACUCCAACCGUUUACAGAAGAGAAAACAAAACCUCUAUUGAAUGUCUCUGCAUCUAUUCCCUCACCCGGGAGAACAAGUAUAACGAAUAUUGUUUCUCCUCCAAGUACCAGAAGAACAAGUGAAGAAACUUCACGGAGUCCACGUCCAAAUGGAUCGACUCCUCAAUCGAAUCUACAUUCCAUGACGAAUAUGGGAAAUGAACACUUCUUUACUCGUAUUGCGGCAUCUCAUGAAAGAGAUGGAAUUGUCCUUCCCGUUAGUUUUUCUUUUGCAAAUGAGACGAGAGAAAAGGGAGCAUCGGAGUCUACAGAAAAUAUAGGAGUAACGUGGGGAGGAAGUGAGGAAGGCAGUCGAAACACAACAACUUGUGUAGAGAAUUUGGAAGCCGAGAAUGGGGUGGAAAUUAUUUCAAAACCACCACGUUUUUUGGUAAAUAGACGUUAA